GGCCAGACUCUAAGGAUGAUUUUAUCAGCAAGUUGCCCCAAACUGAGUUCUAACUGAAAUGUUGCCGAUGAGAAGGAUCACCAUCUCCAGGGAUACUAUGUCUUUGGCAUGGGGCAGGUAGAUAAAUUCUUGUUGAGAAAUCUGAUCCCACCUCAGUCAGCUGUGGUCAGUACUCAUUGGUUCCUGCCCCAGCUCUGACAGUUGGAAUACACUGUCUCUCAGUGAGCACCUUCUAGACAGCAACUGAGUUAAAGAAGUGAGUCCAGAAUGCUUGAAUAAUGGAAGGUCCUUGUUUUGCUAUCCUAGUGACUGAGAUGCUGUGAAAUCUAGCAGCUUAUUGGGAUCCUGGGAAAGGGACAAAGAGCUGAUUUGCCCUUGACUGGAAAUGUGGAACCUAGAAGGACACAGUGAAAUGUGUUUGAAUUCUCUGCUUCUUUGCUCCUGGUCAUAAGGAAGUCAUGAAGAUCCUUGCAAAGGAAGAUAAGCCCCUCGUCUUGAAAUAGCCAUAUUCCAAUCGUGCGUGCCAGAAAUCUUGGAAAUUGAAACCUUCAACCGUGAACCAGGUCUGAGCUGUUUUCCUCAUUGGCUCUUGGGAUUUGAUUACAACGGCCCCAAUGUUACAUGAGUGGAGCAAAGAGCCUUAAGGAAAGUCUGCCUAGAUGGAGGGCUGAACUUCAGAUCUCGACCAAACUCCUCUUGGUUAACAUGUGGCUGAUCUUAUCAAGGAGGAUAGACAGCAAUGAAACAAAAUACAACUACUCCGAUAAAUUCUAAAUACACAGAAGGCCAGAGAAAAUUACAUGAAGGUAUGCUCCUGUGGUAUUCACACCUUUAACAGAGAAAAAAAGUCUCAUUUGUGGUUGCAUCGGGUGAACUAAAAGAGCACAUUUUGGAGCAAGAUCGUGUUAAAAAAAAAAGUCAUUGAGCAGAAAUCAACUUUACAGGAAAAAAAAAAUUCUCAUUUUGUGAAUCGCCUCUUCAUGCCUGUCCAGACAAUGCAAGGGGGUAAGAAAUACACAGAUGCUCUCAGUGACUCUUCAAGCAUCGGAAGUGUCUUGGAUGAAGCAGAUAGAGAAGUCAGCAAUCUCACAGACCGAGCCUUUAGAAGUCUGUGCAUUUCAGAGGAUACAUCCUUCAAUGACUCUAAUCUUGUCAUUUCACCAGAUUUUGCCCAGCAGUUUUUUGGUAGCUUUCAACAGGAAACAGGCAGCCAUGCCAUCAAGAAAAGCAACCUCUGCAACAGAAUACAAGCACAUGGAAAUGAGCAUGCAGGCUGGGCAUCUACAUUCCAACAGUUGCCCAAGUAUGUCCAAGGAGAGGAAAGAUACUCCAAAAGCAACACACCACCACCAGUCACCACACGGAGAAAACUGGAAAUUCCAGUUUCUGGUAUGAGGAGUAGUAAGCCUGUCUCCAAAGUAUCUUCAUUAAUUAAAUCUUUUGAUAGGACAGAAAAUCCAAGUUCUGACAGUUUGCCUCCCAUCAGCAAACAGUCUGCUCCAAAAAACCCUCUAAAAUGUGUGCCUCUACCAGGAAGUGGUGUGAAUUUCUGCAUGGAUUCAGCUUUUUUAACUGUCAGGAAGGUACCUGCUGAAAUUUCCAACACAUAUCAAAAUACCAGUUGGCCUGGUGGCAGGCAGGGGACACCAAUUUCACCAAGUACCAAUGACCUAACAUCUAGUGUUGAUGGUUUUCAAUCAGCCUCUGUGGAUGCUCCCAAGUCAUUUGAAUCAAAUAUACAUCUUCCACCACCAAAGACAGCAAAGGGUAAGACUGGAAAAGCUAGUGAACGGGCAAGCAAAGGGAAUUUUCUUCAUAGUGAAAACAGUGCUUUUGAGUCAUGGAAUGCACAUCACAAGAAACUGCUUGAGAGGAAGGAAGCUGAUGAACUGAAGCCAGAAGUCAAAGCUCCCUCAAAUUAUGAGGAAAAGCCACCACUAAGAAGAGAGCUUCACCCAAGCAGACACGAAAUAUCACCCAGCCACACCAGAGUACCCAUGAACCCAGAAGAGAAAGUUCUGGUGGCAGGGGCUCCAUCCACUUCUCUAUCCCAAGUGUCUAAUAUUAGAUCGUCUCCUGAAUCCCAAAGCUUUGCCAUGGAGGAGCAGACUCCCAGUGCAGAGCCCAAGGCUCAAGUGGAGACUUCACGAGUCCCAUGGCGGAGAUCAAAAAUCAGCAGAGGAGGAAAAGAGAGAACACAUGAGCCUUCAAAUGAAAAGAAUACCAAUGGGAAAGCCCCACCUUUGUAUAAAAGGCCAGAUCCUGCAGGAGAGUUUCCUGAAAGUGGUAUAUUAGAAGAACAAGUGAACUCAAACGAAUGCUAUGAUCCUCCUUUUAACAUCAGUAAGCUUUUGACACCAGUAAUACCAACAAAGCAUGUUCUAGACUCAUUAGAAAAUCAGUCAGAGUUGGCAACACUCCCUCCCCCAGAAAAGUCAGUGGGAUUAAAUGAAAAUGAGGGACUUAAUGAGUAUCAAUCUCGUGACAGUUACAAGUCAAAGGUGCCUAGUUUGUUGUUCAAUCUCAAGGAUGUCCGAAAACGAGUCAAGAGUACUUACAGUGCCUCCCCUCUCCUAAAAAGCCAUGAUGAGAAGUCAAAAGCUAGGGAUCAUGUCAAGCAAGAAAAUAUAAGCAAUGGCAUUUUUAUGGCCAAUGGAUCUGAAGAAAUUCCCCCACACAUGUCAACCAUGGACAAACUGAACCACCAACCCUAUGUCAAUGCCAAGGAUAAGGGCCAUAAAGUAGAUGUCAAAGGAGACUUGACAGAUAAUUACUUAACUCUAAGCUCACCUCAAACUAUAGAAGAACCCUCCUUCUGUGUCAAUGGGGAGACUUCAGAACAGAAUGAUUUCAAGAAUGAUGACCUAGACAUCAAAGAUCCUAGGAACAGUGACAUGGACUCUCAGCAGUAUCACCACCAAGCAAAUGAACACAAUUUAAGGAAAAGUCAGCCUCGCCUCUCCUUGAAGCUUUGCAGUAGAGAUCUAGUGGAUGGAAAAGUUGAAGAGAAACUGAGUAUUCACCACCUUGAAAAUGGAUUACCAAGAUCCAUUUCCCAAGAGACCGACCAUGAGAGAGAUGCAGGAUCACAGAACGCAAAUUUCAACCAGAAAAUCUCACCAGGUCCACUUUCCCCAGAGGAAGAAGAUGUGUUCUAUAGUGAUGCCCAGUCUGAUUUCAUGCCAAAUCUCAAAAGCAAGGCCAAAAUAAGCACUAGUUCUUCAGACCAAUCUUUUGCCUCAUUUGAGGAUCAGCAGAAAACAUGGUUUACAGAAUGCCAAAGGGAAGAUAGAAAAAGUAGUGUGAGCCUAGAAGAAAGUCAGAAAACUGAGAAGAAAGAAAAGGAUUUAAGAAAGGAUGAUUUGCAAUACUAUGCUUUAAGCAAUGGCUUUGCUAGUGUUGAAGACAGUAAAAGGGAAGAAAUGUCUCAGAGAGAAGGUGAAAGCAUGUCUAGAGAUAGAGUGGCGAUGGAGUCAAAGGAAGAAGCCAAUUGCAGAGAUGCUUGGUUAGGAGAAAAUAAGAAUAUUUGUCUUCCUGAUACCAAAGAUCCUCCAUUAUCACCUUCCCCAAAUUCAAACAAGCACAUUAUGUUUACAAUCAAAGACAAUACCUUCAAAUCGUCUCCAGUGAUCAAACCCAUCAUACUGCCCCUACUGAGGACUCCAUCAUCAGAAAAUACUCAUAGUAAUAGCCAGAGAGAAAUGGAGAGCCGAGUGGCAGAACAUGGAGAGAACACUCACCUCUACCAGUUGGAAUCCCAAGAUAUACCAAAUGCUCAAAAAACUGGCCAGCUUUCAACAUCAAGUGGUAAACAUAAAACCUACAGGAGUAUAAGUGAUAGUGGACAUGUUUUUGGAUCAGCAAAGAUGGAAAAUGUCCAACCAAUGUCAGAAGCCACUCUUCUGGAAGAUGACAGAAACUCCCCAUUCUUUCCAUAUAUGAAAGACAGUAAUGGUGUCAGGCCCACUCAAAAUUUAAGUGAAGUUGUGGGAAAUGAUCUUGAAAAUGAUUACAAAAAUAAAGAGGAACUCAUCCCCUUCAGAGUCAAAACUCCCAUCAUUUUGCCAAAUGAAGAUUCUGGGAAUCAACCACCAGCAAGCCAGUUAAGAGGAGCCCGUUCAGAAGAGAAAAUUCAAUGUUCUAGAAACCACUUACUGUCCACUCCCAGGGAAGGGUCUUUGGUGAAAAAUAUGGUCCCUAGUGAAAUGUUGAAUUCACCUAUAGCCAGCUCUAUAGUAGACAGCAGUAUUUAUUCCCCCGCAGCCAGCACCAUAUUGGAUGAUGCACUACAAGGUCCUCUAGACUCAGGUAUAUCACAGGGAGAUUUCUCAAACUCAGCCAUAGCAAGCCCCUUGCCCAGCACAUGUUCCAGCAUAACCAGCCUGGGAUCAGAGAGAAAGGCCAGUGUAAAAACAGCAAGGGAAGAUAUUACACAUGCUGUGGUGCCAAGUAUGGAAGGUAACCCCCAAUUUGAUUCAUCUGCUGAAGAAAACAUGGCUUUGUCUACACGGGAUGCAUUGUUGGAGGAGACUAGCAGCUGGGCAGCUCCCUAUGAGAGACCACAGCCCACCAUUCACAUGGAAAAGUCAAUGAACAAACCACCAGCUGUCCCACCAAAAACUGAAAAAGCCCUAAGACGAGCAAAGAAAUUGGCAAACAAAAGGAAAAAGAUGGACUUGCAGCAAGAAAGAUUGUCUGAAAUCCAGGAGGAAAGCCCUCAGUUGGAAGGUGCAGAUGUGAUUUGGAAAAGGCCUUUAUCCCCUGCAGAGAUUCCUAGAUCCAACUUCUCCCGAGUCCGUUCCCUUCCACCUCCUGUUCACCGGCACUCAGUGGCUACACUCUCUGAGUCUAUUAGGAGGAGACCUAGUGGUGCUCAGUCAGUAAUCCCUAUGUCCUCCUACCCUGCCACUCAGAAGAAAGUUCUCCAGGAUCCUCAAUCUGGAGAAUACUUUGUGUUUGACCUACCACUCCAGGUUCGAAUCAAGACAUUCUAUGACCCAGAGACAGGCAAGUAUGUCAAAGUAUCAAUCCCUUCAUCUGAAAUGAGCUCCCCUGAAAUCCCCUCUUCAGAAAUUUUAAAUUCUCCUUACUUGGUGUAUCCUGGCCUCCACCCUCUGCCAGUGACUUCUUUAACACCUCUGAGGUCCUCCUCCCAGCUUUCAGCACCCACUUUUCUAAGGCAGGAGCCUCAAGCUAGAGAAUCAGCUGACCACUGGCUCCAGAGCUUCAGAGAUGCCAAACACCCAAGUUCUCGGUCAUAUGCUGAGCCUGUACAUAAUUCUGCAAGUCGUCACACAGAGGAAGUUCCACAGAGCUUGGAAAAGGACCUAAGUGAAGCUCAAAAUUUGGAUAUUAUUUCCACUGAUGAUUUAGAGGACUUUGCUUCAGAAGGAAUCUCUUGAAAAUUAAAGUUAUUAGCAACCUUCUCCACUUUUAUCACCAUCCCCCCAAAAAAUAAAACAUACCCCUCUCCCAGGAUAAUUUUACAUAUAUUCAGGUAUCUCCUUCAACAUACUUAUUCAAAAAUGGCACCUAUUGCAAAAUUUAGUACUGGGGUUUUUUUUAAGAACAAUCCAGUUGAAGGAUUCUGUCCUCUCCCAGUUGGGUUACCCUCCCAGCUCCCCAAAAAAUAUAAUCCUGUUUGGGUGAAUGCAAAAUGGCCAGUCUGUGAGAAGGAUAGUUAUUGCAUGAAACAACUCCCCCACCACCACCACCUCUCCUCUCUUUCCCUUCUCCUCUCCCAUCCACCCUACCUCCCUGCUGACACCCCCACUGCUGCUACUGCUGCUAAUGCCACCAAAUAGAGAGGAUUCACCAAGAAAUCCUCUCAUUCAGAGUUGAAGUCGCCAAGGGGGAAAUCCGAUGUUCCACUUGGGGAAUGUCUAUUUAGCUAUCCUCUCCCAUUCUCUCCCCCUGCUAAAAGUGAGGCAACUUCCAACUCUGCCCAGGGAUGUUGCAUGGACAUUCCCAAGUGGGUUUGGUUGAGAGUAUUCCUUAAACUUCAAUCACUCAUAUAUUUAUCAUAUUCCCUCCUUCACCCCCCAAAAAAAGAAAAAAACAGAAAUGAAACUUUGUGAUUACUCUGCUGUGGUUUAUAAUACAAAAAAAUAGCAAAUAAAUCCUAUAUAUUGUUUGCAACCCAGCAGCACCAAUUUCAUGUAGACAAAGAGCUCACCCAUAGGUUCCCAGAUCAAUCCCACUGUCCUGAGCAUCUUGGGCUGAAUUCCAUGUAAAUGGAAAAAUCUUGACUGAAGACCCAAACUGAAAGACAGCUUAAACAUCUAUUUGGGUAAAAAGAGGUAUUGUUUAUAUAAUGAAACAUUCUUCUACAGGUCAUCUUCUGAGUUUUAAAAAAUAGCUUUUUUUAAAUGGGGCAAAAAAAGUUGAUAGAUAUUACUCUUAUCUUUGGACUGGUGUCAUUUAUUGAGAAAAGUGGUGAAAUAAAGCAGCCAGCCUUGGCUGCUGCUACCGCUGUUUUUAGGGCCAUGGACAACCUGUUUUCCUGAUACCCAUAACCACUUGAUAACAAUCCCUGUUGGACCUUGGCUCAUAAUAUGAGUCUACCAUGUAAAUAUGGCCCCAUGUGGCCAUACAAAUGGAAUUCCAUGCUGUGCAUGGUACAAUGAUCAUUGAGCGGUUCAGCUUUGAAACAUCUCAGGUCCGCCUCCUAGCACUGGUCUGUUCAUUUAUUUCCCAAGCUUUGAUUGAGCUCAGAAUCACCGGACUGUUUAGCAAGGCAGAAAUGCUUUAUUGAGACACCUGAUGUUAGUUGUACAGUUAUUUCCCAACAAACUUCUCUAUUUUGCAUGAGUAAACUGGGUCCCUGAGAUUUAGUAGUAAAUAUCUGAAUCAAACCAGGGAUGGAGAGAGAGAGAGAGAGAGAGAGGGACAGAGAGAGAGAGAGGAAGAGAGAGAGAGAGAGAGAGAGAGAGAGAGAGAGAGAGAGAGAGAGAGAGAGAGAGAGAGAGAGAGAUUAUGGCUCAAACACCUGUAUCUUUAAGGGCAGUUAGGAUUUGUAGGUAAAUAUAUACAUGCAUAAAAAAAACGCUAUGGACAUGAAGAACCUUAGUCUGGCUUUCCUUUCUCCCAAGCACUGAAAUGUGGAUUAAACAAAUGAACAAAUUACAUCCAGACCAUACUUUUUAUUUAACGGAAUGUGACUCAGGCAAGCAGCGUUCUUCCAGAAGCUACUUUCUUGUCCUUAUGGAGAUAAGAUUUCUGAAACAAGGGGAAGAUGUUUUCAGCUAUUUGGUAAAUCUACUGUCUGCCAACAUGGAAAUAAGAAGAGACACAGAUACAAGUAGGCUAAUGAAAACCUAUAGCAAUAUUCCUUAAGACUUCACAAAUCUUAACAGAGAAUCCUUUCCCAAGUAUUCUAGGUGACUCAGAGCCUUCCACAGCAACCUCCAGCAUCAGUGAUGUUUCUAAACGUUAGAUAUAAACAUAAGUUUUAAUUGCAUACACAUACACAAUCACAGUACCACAUAUUUGCUGCAAGUAAGUUGAUUCAUUGAAACGAGUUCCCCCAAACUCAGUUUGAACUUGAGUCUUGUGUGAAGUAAAGUUUUGAUUUUUUUUUCUAAGCAUAUAGAGGUACACAAGAAGCCACAUUAAAUGAGGAAUGUGACCUAGAUGAUUUGGCAGACUUUUUUUCUACAGGUGAGAGUAGUAUCCAGAUCUAAAGACACCAAACUUCCUUUUUCAUAUUUUGCUAGUAGGUCUUGCUAUCUGGUCCAGGGUAGAAGUGCAGCAAACAGGCCUAAUCACACUACUGAUUGGCAGGGAAGCUUUGGCCUGCUCUACUUUUGACCUUGACCAGUUCACCUCAUCAUAAACUGCCUUGUGCCUCCCUCCUCCAAACACAGGGGCCCACCACAUUGGCACCAGUCUGCUACAAUUUGGAAUAGCGAUCUACAUUGGUGGAGGAGACUCCUACACUAAUGUAAUUGUACAUCCUGGAAAUAUAGAUAUAUGUACAUAUGUGUUCAUUCAUACCCAAAGUGUUUGAAAAACCGCUGCAGGACUUAAAUGCCUUUUCUCUUAAGCUGAAGUGAUCCAUCCAUCUUAGUUUCCCCCAGUGGCAUGGAUUAUAGGGAUAAGCCAUGACCUAGGUCAACCCCACCCCAAUUUCUUAUCCUUGCUUAAAAAUGACGUUUGGCAGCAAUAUCAUCCCAAACAAAGCUUGUUCACCUAGCGCCCAAUUCAUAAUGCUGUUGCUUCCUUGAUUCAUAAAUUAGUGUAUGGUCAUUCCUAAAGGACCCCACUGCAACAAGUUGGAAUAAAUCAGUAAAAUAGGCCAUUUUUACUGAACCGGCUUCCACUGGAAGGCAGCAGGGUGUGGUAGGAAGAGUAUUUGGUUUGAAUAUAGACUUACAUUUAAAUCCAAAGUGGCUUUCUCAAAGUCUUAUCAGCAAUUAGCCAGGAUUUGAAUGGAAUGAAAUGAACUUUCAAAAGGAAUGCCUGGCCCCUCCCAAUAAAGUGUACACUAUUCUUUUUGUCUAGAGCAAAAUAAUAAUUACAGUCAUUUCCAUAUUGAA